GCAGUCUGGGAGGUGAAUCUGGGGGGAAGUGGCUCCGCAGAGUCCGGAUGUGGACGUGGCAAAGCGCUGCAGCAGUUCCGCUGAAUGUCCGCUUCUGAUACCGAGGAGGGAUUAGUGAGAAUCACCCCGGGACGACAUCGGCUCUACAGUUUGUCGGCCACCGGGUUUCACUGAUAGAGGAUAGCCUUAUUGAUCACCACACAUCGGAGGUAGGUUUCGAUCUGAGGCGGAUUCUUGUAGGUCAGCGUAACCGGCUUGACAGGUGAGCUCGGCUUUAUGCUAAUGCUAGCUGAAGCUAACGCUCUCCUGCUAAGAUAGCCGUGUGUAGCUAACGGCUAACCUUCGCUUAAGUAUCCAUUUGGUCACAGCUGAUCCAAACCACAGCUGCUGUCAUCGUUAUCCAAGCUGUGUGGAUGCUAACAGCAGCUAGCUCGUCUUCACUCGGAAGUAUGUCAUAUCAAAGGUGUUAUGUUGUGUUAGCAUAGCCCAGCUGAAAGAGUUCGCCAUGUUAUGUUAAGUCUGGAUCUGCGGUGAAGGUUUUUGGUUGCUAACAAGUGAGCUACUUGUAAUGCCGCACUGAGGCUUUGCUACUGUUAGCAUCCUGCUAACUACCACCCUCGUCCUUGUUGUUUCUUGUGUAAAACUUAAAUGGUUUUGUCUUUCUCUCAGUUUUUAUACUUUUCUUUCGAGUUAACGCUGUUAACCCUUAGAACUCCCAGCUAUAUUUAGCUAUUUUUGGCCCGCCUGUUUUUCUUUUGUAAAAAUCUACUAUCCUUUCAAGCACAGCAGAUAUAUACACAUCUAUUAUUUCAGGACAACCUCAGCUGUCAGUUUAUGGAGACAAAAAUUUUGUAAAAUGAUAGUGACAGUCGAUUCAGAACCAAAAAAACAAAAUCAGAAAUUGAAACCAACAGUACUUUACACAAAAAACACAUAAAUCUACAGUGACCAAGCCUUUCCUCACCUGUACAUCAUUUUCUCAAGUCUUGGCUAUCAGGAGAGGAAAUAUUGGGAUUGGAACAAAUACACAACAGAAUCUAUUUACAUAUUUACACCAAUUCUUCCAGUUGUUUUUGCCACUCCUUGAAGCAGUUCCUGUCUGAGAUGAGAGAGAGGACCACAUCAUACUGCUUAUAAUCUCUUCUUUGCUUGUUUCCAAGCAUUGAGGACCAUUUUUUCUUAUUUUGCAGAAAAGCAGGGAACUUUCUUGUCUCUUGUUGAUCACGAAAAUAUUUCGUUGACGCCAAAGACGUGAUGUUAACGAGCUAGACAUAAGUCUUAGAUGACCGAAAUGUGACAAGACGAAUGUGCGUUUACGUUGACGAGACUAGACGAAAACAUUAGUGGUGGACGACAAACAGAGUUGUAAAAUUCAUGAGCAUUUCGCCAGUCAAAUGCUAAACAUAUUCUGCAGUGUUGUUUUCGUUGAUGAUGACGUUGACAGAAUAUUUUCGUCAACGUCAUCAACGAAAGCAACACUGUUUUGCAGACAAGCAGGGAACCUUCUUGUCUCUUGUUGGUCUUUGGUUGCCUCUUAUUCAGACCCGGGCAUUUUAUGGCCCAAGGGCCACAUCCGCCCCUUUGGAUGUCCCUGCCCGGCCCUUCGUGACGUCCGUCAGUCAAAUCAUCAACAUGCUAUACAAGUUUGAAAACCUAGCUGUUGUUUUAUUUCCGUUUGGACACACGUGCGUACAUCCUAGACCUGCAUUCAUCAACAGAGACAAGUUUAAACAUCAGCAAAGUAUACGUAGACACCUUAUAGUUGCCAAGUCUGCUUAUUAUAAAAGACUUUAAACUUGUUUCUCUCAGAAGUCACUUGUAAAACUCGUUAGCCGCGGGUGCACUUUUUCGAUUUGUUUUUAACUAGUAGGUGCUUAUUUAGGCUUGCUUUUUUUGUUUGUGUGAAACCCCCUGAUUUGAAGUUGAAGUUAUUGUUGGUUCAGCCCUUCAACACAGUUCAGGUUUCUCAUGUGGCCCCAUGUACAAAUUAUUUGCCCACCCCUGCUCUUAUUGGACACUACCGUCAUGGGAACAAUAGAAGAAGAAUACAAGACCAUGUAAUUGGUUGAAAGUUUGACCAAAAUAGGUUUAAUCAAAAGAGCUUGUCAAACCUGGAAGACAUUAGCGGCAUUUAGUGAUAGUGAUCUUUUCUUAGCACAACUGUAUGAUAAAUAAUCACAUUUUCACCGGUAUAUCACAGCAGAUUUACCAUCAAACAUCUCAGGUGUAGAAAUACCUGGAAACCCUUGAUAGAUCGCCAAAAGGGUACGUUUUUGAACACGUUUUACCCCGUAGAGAUACAUGGUAUAGUUCCUAAGAAACUGUAAACAAUAUUAAUGGUGUCACGUGGGAUCGCUGGAGAUCCAGCGGAGUUCUAAGUGUUAACCCAGCUCCAGAGCCAGUUCAGCAGAUGUGGGUCACUCAGCAGGCCCAACACACUAAACAGCGAUUGUGUUUCUCGUUGUGGCACCCGGACUUGUGAAUUAUUCAAGGGCCCCGCUCAUUUAGCCCGUGUUUGUCUGAUAGAUGAUACUCAUCGCCCUGUCAUAUAGGUUGGUCCAGGAGCCAAGUGAACCACUGUCAGCAAAGUUUGACAUGUGAUAUGAAGGUCUCAUCCUACUCUCAAAGCUGAGGUACCUUCAGGUGGUCCCCUCAAAACAACACCGCUAUAACCUGUAAACACAGACACCUGUAGACAUUACACAACGUCUGCUCACUAUCAGGCAUUUGAACUCACCAUUAAAACAGUGAGAGUAUCUAUUACUGGUGUUGUAGGUCGAGUAUAAUUUACUGUAAUGAUAUGUGUUAGGUUUGUGUAAGCUGGAGCACGACUCGAUCUUAGUUUGCAAUUUUCCCACUGAAUCUGUCAUGUCAUUCUUAGUGAGUGUGAAGGUGAUGAUUGUGGCAGGUGUGUGGGUGUGGCCAAAGCAAACAGAAAAAGCCAAUAAAGGUGUUGUCACUGAAGCAGGAAAUUUACCUUGAAAAAGUUUGACUGAUGAAGGACUGUAGAAACUUGAAGAGUUGAAAGUGGAGUUGUGUGGUGUCUUCUCCUGUUUUAAAUUCAGGUGAAAUAUGCACAGAAAGUUUGUCAUCACAGAUGGAAAUAGAGAAUGCUUCCCUGACCGUCAAAUAAUAGGUCUUUUGGUUGUGUUGUAAGGCCUUACAAUCCAAGACCGCCAUGUUAACAUCCUUGUCUCACACCCUUUUACACUUCAGGGGUCUUGGAAGUGAAAUCUGUUCUUAGUGCUUUGAAACCGGCCAAACAGGAUCAGUCUGACGCUGUACAUGUGUGUCAUUAUUUGUGAUAUGUUCUGACUGCCUCUGUAUUUGGUUUAGUUUUAGGGAUGAACUGAGGAUGAAUGUAAACCAGCACACUCCAAUGGCCUCUCCAUACGGCCAGCCUCAGCCUGGCUAUGGCCAGCCCGGCUACGCGCCCCUGGAUGGGGGAUACCCUGCACCCUACGCACCCUAUAACGGCCCUGCUUCAGCUUACCAGCCCGGGGCUCCACCACAAGGUAUUUCCCUGCUUCUCAUCACUUUCUCGCACGUGAUAAUAAAAGGUUUAUUCUGUUGUUUUUAUCUGGGGUUCAUAAAUUACUUACAGGCAUGAACAUGGUUGUAAUAACUGCGGUGUGAACAUGCUUUUGAACAUAAAAUGUCCACUAAAAGUGUUCAGUUUCUGCAGCUGACUGGCCGAGCUUGUUAUUCCAAAUAUCUCACCAUGUUACAGAAAUAGAGCUCUCACUUUUUCCAACAGAAAGAUGUUCUUGUAUAAACCAGAAAAACAUAAUAAAUCACCUUUUCUCGAAGCUGCUUUUGUUGAUAGAACAGUGACUUUACCUCAGCAAAAAUAGGAGGUUAAACUGUGAAAUUAAGAAGUUUAAGUCGUAAAACAGACAGACUUGCAGAAUGAGUAAACCAACAACUUGUGUGUUCUGCAGGGCGAAGCACUUUUGAACAUCAGGCUCUGGUGACAUUAAGAGUGGUUUAAAAAAUAAAAAAGACAUUAAAUUUGACCCAGAAAGACGGGUCUCUCACCAGCUGUCAGCUGCAUAGACAAAUAGGGAUGCACAAUACAAGUAUCAGCAGAUAAAAGCUUGAAAUGUUAAGUAUCAGUAAUGGUAUACAUGAAGAUUUCUGCUGAUGUGCACAGCUGAUGUGUGGACACAUUACCCUAAUUAAAUACACUAUGGUUGAUCUGAAUAUAUGCAAACAACACCUGUGCAGACAGGAAAUUCGCUUAGCAGUGCAAUUUGUUGGCUAAAUUUGCACAGAUUUAGCUGACUCAAAUACAAUGACAAAUGGAGUUUGAUAUAAUUGAAUACAAGCCUGCCUCAAAUAAAAGCCUGGAACCAAAUAAAGCAGAUAAAGGCUUUCGAAUCGAUGUACGGUAUUUAUAAACUGAACCAGUAAAAAAUAUCAAGUCAGAAUGUUAACUAAGAUGCUCUCCAGCCGCUCAUACAGUUGUAACCCCGGAGUCACCUCUUACCUGCUUCCCUGUGAUUGUUCAUGUGUGAGUGAGGACAGCAUAGUGCCUGAGCAUACUAAUCUGAAUCUCAGCGACCCUCUAAUUUCUUCACAUUGCUUCACGCAUUUCCCUUCAUCUCUGAGUAUCUUCCCUUUCCUCCCCACUUUUUCUUGUAUUUCAGGUUACUCUCCUUUCACAAGCUUUCCCUCUAAGGCUGUGGCUGCCAACCCAGUCUCUGACCUCUCCUCUCCUCUUGACUUAGGUAACUGACUCCUCUCGUGUUCUUGCUCAUUUCACACUCCACAUGCUGUGCAAUCAUCGAAUCCUCUCUUUACCUACAGGCGACACUCUCACUGCCGUGUCUUUAUCUCAGCGUACAUAAAAAAGAUCCCUGGAGUCUUUCCAAAACCGGGGACUUUUGAAAGUGAUCAAACUUUUUAUUACCAAUUUCUUACAUUCCUUGCAAACACAAUCAGGCCUUAAAUUUCUAUUUAGUUGUCAUAUUUAAUUUGUCUUGGUUUACAGUAAACACAAAGGGAGGAAUCAGGUUUUAAACUUCUCCACUAACAGUCUCACAAAGUUUUCAACCUGAUAGUAGGGGUGGGAAUCACUAAUGGCCCUACAAUACGAUAUUAUCAUGAUACUUGGGCCACGAUAGGAUAUUAUCAUGAUACUUGGGCCACGAUAGGAUAUUAUCACGAUACUUGGUCCACUAUAGUAUCAUGAUACUUGGGCCAAGAUAGGAUAUUAUCAUGAUACUUGGGCCAUGAUAGGAUAUUAUCAUGAUACUUGGGCCAUUAUAGGAUAUUAUCACGAUACUUGGGCCACAAUGGGAUAUUAUCACGAUACUUGGGCCGCGAUAGGACAUUAUCAUGAUACUUAGGCCACGAUUGGAUAUUAUCAUGAUACUUGGGCCAUGAUACAAUAUUAUUGGGAUUUUUAACAUUUUGAAAUACAGUGAGUAUUGCGAUUUUUUUCAACCGUUUAGCUUUGCCAGCCUGGUCUCAGUUUGAAGCCUGGGCUCAAAACCUCUGAGGUAAAUCGAGGGCAUGGUUUCUGUGCGAAGGUUUUGCUGCCACUUUGGCCUUGACUUUUGUUUGAUAUUGAAAGAGCUUCAGGUUUGUUUAUGGGAAACAUGAUUUUCUCUUUUCUUUGACAUUUGUUCAAUUACCUUUGUAUUUCAGGUCCUGUCAGGGGUCCUCCAGUCUCUGGACCCCCUCCAGUCUCAGCGGCUCAACCGUAUAAUCAGUACAGUCACAGCCAGGGGGAAAUACAGAACGGACCCCCACCUAUGACACAAGCACCACCCAGGUAAUUACAUGUGGGCUGAUUGCUAUUUCUCAUAAAAUGAUCAAUCACUGCUUUUAAUAAAAAUCCUGUUAGUCUGGGGGUUUGCUUCAUACACUCGGCUCACUCCAACAGGUUUUUAGAAUCUAUUUAAACGCACAGAGAAAUCACAGAAAGGGUCUGAAACCACCAAACUUCAUGCUGUCCCAGGGCAAUGUCAUUUGGAUGGAUUUGAUUGAAAGUGGACACCAAAUUUGCCAAAGCUAAUUGCACAUCUUUUCACAUUCAAGCUCUAUAAUGCUCUCAAAGAUUUUCAGCUCUGGAGACUUUGCUUUUGUUUUGCGCCUGAUCCUUGUCAUGAGCUGUCAGCAUCUCCAUCUUUUGCAGGUAUCAUCUUGAAGUCCCUUAAUUCCUCCCAUGUGUAGAUGAUGGGCUGUAUAUGAGGGCGGGACGGUUCUACCAGUUUAUUACGGAGUUGCAACCCUAACCACAGCCCUUCAGAUUAAAAAAAAGACCUCUGGCAUGUGGGACAGCCAGCCUGUAUGAGCCUGAGUUAAGCCAGACUGAAUUAACCUAUGAUUAUUUUGGUCAGGGCGACACCAAAAUAGCAUCAUCAGGCUAAAUGCUUAAUGUUAAGGUCAUUCAGAGAUGGGAUUGUAGUCAUUAUCUGAAAAGUUUGAGUGUUGAGGGGUCUGUUUGCCCUAAAUGAAUGCAUCCUGGCUUGUUUUAAUGAAUGCAAAUAUCCUAGCCCACAGCAAAGCUUUUGGCUCUGCAGUGCAGUUUAUGAUUUAUUAACCCUUUGCACUUGCUUGUGAAUAAAACAGUUGUUUUGGCUCAUUUGCACAGGUGUAGCAGUUGUGAGCAGUGUAAUGUUUUCACUCUGUGUUGUAUGUUAAAAGACAGAUUAUGACGUGUAACCACUAACCAGUAAUAGUUGUUUUUAAUAGUAACAGAAAGGAUAGAAAACCGAACAGCAGAAAUUAUUACUUGUUGCUGCUGUUUAGUUUUCCAUCUUUCUUUAUGUGCUGGAGCACUCUGGAUUUGUAUGCACCGAUUUAUAGUAUAUAGGGCUGGGCGAUAAAACGAAAAUUUACAGAUACCGAAAUUUUACGACAAUAACCUGCGUCAUUUUGCCCAUGCCAAUAAAUUUGGUGUCAAAAAAUAAAUAAAAAAAAUAAAAGUUGGUUUUGGAUGUGUGUAGGUAGGCUAUGGUCUCAUGUCCCUUUAAGACGCUGUCCUACAUUAAGAAAUGUGACUCCAUCCCAUCCAGUCCGUAACAAAGAGGUAAAGACAAGUGAAGCGAUGGAGGACGGUUCAGAAGUUAUGGCGGCUGAAGUAGACAAAGUUAAAGUAGGAGGGGGUGAGCACUUUGUGGAGUAGUUAUCUUCCAUUUAUUGUUAUCGAGGUGAACUGAUCAAUAUAUCGUGAUAUUGAUUUGAGGCCGUAUCGCCCAGCCCUAGAAGUAUACAUAGAUGGCAACAGAAGAGCGUCUCUCGCUUUUCUUUUCACGCAGGCUGGCGAAAGUAGGUUACUAUAGUUACCAGACAUGCCUUCUUCAUUUUUUUACACUUUUAGUUUGAUUUAAAUGAAUGGAUUAAGCUCUGAGGUAUGAUCUCUAUGGCUUUGUGUGCUCAAAAUGAACCCAUAGUUACUAUUAUUUGAUACAGAAAAAGCCAAACACAAACUGUGUUUUCAAAAGCUACAGAUAAGCUAAAUAAAUCAGUUUUUAAACAGGCUAAAAAGUGCUGUCAAAGGUCAGCAAUUCAUUCAUAAAUUGCUGUUAUUUGACUUCAUAUUGUUAAAUCAUAAAGAGGUUGGGUGUUAAAAAAAAUUACCUAAAGAGGAAGAAAGAGUAAGCGAGCAACAGAGGAUGAUGCAGGAAAGACAAAGUGGUGGAGGCACAACUCAAAGUCUGUCACUGCUUUAUGUUCCUUAUGCAGAGAAGCUGCAGUUCAACUAAAACCAAUUCCUCAUCCACCUUCAUUAAACAGUAGAGGUUUAGGAUGCAGCGAUUAUUCCACUAAAUCAUAACGUGUGAAGUUAGAAGUCUUUCUGCAGCUCUGAACUCUUGUUUCCUCUGUGAUGAUCAUGACAAACUCACAAACUGAUCUUCAUGUUUUCAGGCCUGCUGCAGCUCAGCCAUACAACCAGGGGGGGAUGAACCUGACUGGACUGCCGCACCCCUCCUACCCUCAACACUACGGGCCACCACCCUCUAUGCAGCAGGUCACUAAUCAGAUGACUGGAAUGCAGAUCAACUCCGGGCCUCCAACCCCAGCGGGACCAGGAUACGGUAAGUUAAGAUGGAUUCAUGCGUUAGUACACGUUCAAAUCAGUACCACAGAUUCAUGAGCUGAUCUGUCGUUCUCUUUUCAGCUCCACCUCACAGCUCUCAGCCUCCUGUCAGCACUGCCUACUCGGCUGCACCUCCACCUACCUUCACCCAAGCCCCUCCCACAUCCUCUGCACCGACUCAGCCUCCACCCCCCAGUGGCCCUGCAGCUCCUCAGCAAUAUUACGGGGGUCCUCCACCUCCUUCUCAACAGCCAUUCAACUCUUCUCUGCCCCCUACCUCUCAGCCGCAGUUCACCUCCCCAGCUCCACCCCCUGCAGCCUCCCAGCAAACCUUCCCCCCCUCUUCCUACUCGGGUCCUGUGCCUCCAACCAGCCAAGCUCCCACUCCUCCGGUCUCCCAACCGCAUCAGUCUUUCCCUCCGACUCAGCCCCCCUUCUCCUCAGCACCCCCUCCCGUCAGCCAGCCUUCCUUCACCCCCGGCCCUCCUCCCUCCACCCAAGGCCCCUUCCCACCCAGAGGUCCACCUCCAUCCUCUCAACCCGGGUCCUACCCUCCCCCUGGUCCUCCUCCAACCUCGCUCUCCUCUGGCCCGUACCCAGGCCAGAUGCCUCCCCAGCAGCCACCCCCUUCAUCCCAGCCAUCCCCCUACCACUCAGGUCCCCCUCCUCCCACUGCUCAGAUGCCCCCGACCUCCAUGGCCCAGAGCAACCACCUGCCUCCAGGACCACAAGGCCCCCCUGGGCCGCUGCAGCAGCCUCCGCCUCAGCCGGGGAUGCCAGGAGGUUACCCCCCUCAGCAGAACGGUGAGAACCCGUCCUCUAAACUCAGGCGAUGAGCAGAUUACCUUUUUGUUCAUUUUUACUGAAAAGAAAUAACACUUCAUUUUUUUCUUUCAGGCGCUUUUGGGCAGGUGAGAGGUCCUCAGCCCGGCUAUGCAGGCCCGUAUCCAGGGCAACCAAACUAUGGAGCUCCUGCGCCAGCACCAGCUCCUGCUCCCCCUGCACAGAAAAGACUAGAUCCGGAUGCCAUUCCUAGCCCGGUGAGCAGACACAAACGCUCAUAGAGGCGCACACAAACUUCUUUGAGCCAAAUCUCCCAGUUUACAACACGCCAUCAGCUUUUAUUGUUGUGUUUAGGCCUUUCCUGUUUCUCCUCACUGCGGUCUGAGUCAUACUAUUAGCCAAGGGGGAUAACUUUGAUAUCAGAGAUUGCACAAUAUAAUGUGAUCUAUUACAACUGCACUACCACACAGGCUUUGUUUGAUAGUUUCAAGCUCUUACUGGUAGCUUUGCAUCAAACUGAAUAUGUUUUGUAUGAUGUGGUCUCCUCAUGUAUGUGAAUAUGAAGGACAGAAAAGCACAGCACACCUCUUGAUAUAUCGAUAAACCACCUUCUCCAAAUGUAGCUUUGAAUCUGUUUAAUUCUCUUUUAUACUGGAACCACAUCUAUAAAAGCUAAGGGAUAUAAAUGUCCGCAGUGGGAGAAAUUCAAAAUUGAGUUGUGUUGCAUUAAACCAUCUGGAUAAGUUCUGCUGUUGUAUUUAAAGGGAGAAUGUAGGGCUGGGCGAUACGGGAAAAAGUUGAUCACCAUAUAUAUAUAUUUUUUAUCGGUCUAUAUUGAUAUAAAAAAAAAUCUCUAGUCAGUUUUAAAUGAUCUUAAAUGUUUCCUGUUACUCUUAAAUGAAAUUUAACAGUGCUCAUUGGUAGCAUGUUUUUUUACAAUACAAUAAGCUACUGAUUUGUGAGGCCUUUGUGUCUCUUUGACGUUUUGUUGUAAGGCGUUGCGCUACUCUGCUUCAUGUCCGACCUCAAAAAACCAAAAUACCUCCACACCACAGACGUUUUCGUGCCAGUGUUGUCACCGGUGUCGUCAUCUGUUGAGCCUUCAUCUGCAUUUCUGCCGGGGGUAGCACUCAUUUUCUUUUUUCCUCACUGACAGUGCUAUCGGCUUCACCUGUUAAAGUCCUCUGGUUGUGUUAAGCUGCAGCCUGCUAUUACGCAGUUGUUUGCUACUUGGUUCUAAUUCAGCACAUGACUGGUUCAGCACGAAGCAACUCCCGUUUUCAUUGGCUUUUCUUAUAGUCUACCAAAACAUGGCAGAAUGCUGGCUAUUGAAAAGCAUAUUGACGAUGUUUCAUAUCGAUAUUGAGUGAAAUUAAUUUUUGAUAUAUGUCAUUAUUUUUUAUCGCCCAGCCCUAGAUUAAAGGUUUUCCCAGUUUGUUUGAUUGUAACUGUAUUUCUCUGCCAAGCAUGUGUCAAACACUCUUAUACGUUUUAUCUACUCGCGCUUGACUGUGAUAAUCUGCAGUACCACUAAUCAAUGAUCAAUACUACUGAUCAGUUUCUGUCUGAAUAACAACAAUGCUGCUUGAUGCUCAGCACAGUCCUGCUGAGAUUUCUCUUCUCACACUCCUUUUUUCAUAUUUUCACUCUUGUGUAUGUUAUUUAUUUUGUCCUGUUUUUGCACAAAAUGCUGGACAAACUUUUGAAUGUAAAGCAAGCGUCUGACAUGCCGGCUGUGCAGAAAUCAAGACAUAGAAUAGAUCCAGACGCUAUCCCCAGCCCAGUAAGUUUCCUGUGUGCCUGCCUUCUCCUCUGCUCCAUCCUCUCCUCUCUGUCUGCUUGCACUAACCCACAGCCUCCACCUCCUGUUUUCUCCCUGCAACCCCACAUAGUUCUAGUCCGUGUAUUUUAUCACCUCCUGUAAAAACGAUCUUGGACUUAUGGUUGUUUUUUUUUUUUAAGUCAGGAGUCAGUCCUUCUUUAUCACCAGCCUUUGCCAGAAUCGUUUUUAUUUAAAUGGACCGUAACUGUCGCCCUUCAUCACCCUUAUACUUUGUGCUCUGAAACACUCCAGCAGUAAUUGUUGUAAUAAAACUGCCACAGUCCACAUCUACACCGGCGUAAUGGCACCAUUUAAAGGGGCAGUACACCUACCGCAUUUUUCGCACUAUAAGGCGCACCUGAUUAUAAGGCGCACCAUCAAUGAACGCGUCUAUUUUCAUACAUAAGGCACACCGGAUUAUAAAGCGCAUUAAGCCAAACAAAACAGUCAAUAACUCCACAAGGCUACGGUGCAGGAUUUUAAGUGCGCCUUAUAGAACGAAAAAUACGGUACUUGCUCAGGCAAAGUUUGAUAGAAAAAAAACAAAACAACCACAUUUCUAGAAACAUAAAACCAGCUGAUUAGGCUUAGCAUCAAAACUUGAAACACUGAAUGUGACUUUCACAGGCCUGUCAGAUUAGUUUAGCAUUAGCACUGAAUGUUAAUCUACUACUAGCAGGGCUUGACUCGAACAUUUUUCACAAGAAGCACAUGUGCUCCCAAGUUGAAAAAGUAAAGAGUAUACAAAGAACUUUAAGGGCACAAUGAAAUUUGAUCAAAUAAUGUUUGUCUUAUUGGUCGACAUCAAUACUAUUAUUUGAAAUCAAUUUUAGGUCUUUUGGUCACAUGACAUGGAAGAAAUUGAAGAAAAUGUUCGAAAUAUGCCUUUAAAUUUAACACAAAAAAUGUAUGAGGACAAAUUAGGGAAAUAAAGAGAUGUGUCUUAUCUGUCGACGUAAGUUUUAUUAAAAUUUAAAUCAAUUUUAAGUCAAUUGGUCACAUCAUAUGGAAGCUAUUGAAGGAAAACAGCCUUUUCUAAGAACAUCAACCGGUAAUUUAUUGAUGGUCCCUUAACCUAUCGGACGUUGACAGCGAGGGUGCCGAGGAGAUUUAACGAUGCUGCUGUUGCUAUUCCCGGUUAUGGAGAGUGAGAAAACACCAGUAGAUCCGCAGUGAAUGUCUGUUGGAUAUCAAACCUAAAACUAACUUCACUGCGGUUUUUACAUGAAAAAACAUUUGUUGCCUUGGCUAAUUUUUUUCAUGCACACAUGUGCCCUUAAAUACAUUUUACAAUUCGCACACAUCGAAUUUUAGUUGCAAAUGCGAGUGAGACGGUUGCACUGUUGAGCCCUGGCUAGGGAAAACAGCCGUCUUGGUUGUGUUUAAGAAGAUGAGAUCUAUCGAUGGUAUUCUCCUUCAGCACCUUUGUUAGCAUUUACUCCCAUAUCCCUGUUUGUAUCACCUCGACCCACUCCUGCCUUUUCACACCCGUGUGUCUGACCAGGACUUUAAGCCGGCCAUCUUAUCGCUGAGACCUUCAGAGACUUUAUUUUUUUCAGGGUUUGUCAGGCAUAAAGCACAAACAGCCCCCCCCUCACAAUACUCCCUUUCCCUGCAUGCGACUGUGCACUGUUUCAACUUACCCAUAAUUCCUUGCUUUACCAGCACGUCCUCAUGAAUCCUGCCCUUAUUUUUCUCAGGGAUGCCAUGUAGUUAUUUUUCAUGAAGUUCGUAUGAACCUGUGCAAAAACAUCUGCAUGCAUGUAUGUGCGCUGUAUCACUCAUGGCUCCUUUAAGAGUUUUCCACAGAUGUUGAUGGGUUUCAGUGUGUGUUUUGUAGCUCCAAAUGUGUGUGUGUGUGUCUGGGUUGAGUGACAGUCCUCCCUCUGCAUGCGUGUUGAAUGUUUGUCUUAAAGAUUGUGUGAGAUCCAGGGACAGUGUGUCAUCACUUGGACUUUUAGGUGUGUGUUUCCGCCGCAGACAUGCACGAAGCGUCUGACAUUUUUGUGCUCCUCUGUCCUCUGCAGAUCCAGGUAAUAGAGGAUGACAAGGCUAAGUGUACCGAGCAAUUCACCUCAGGGGUCAGAGGUCAGGCCCCGCCACUGGUCACCACCAAUUUCCAAGUCAAAGACCAAGGUGGGCUUUCCAAAGAACGUGAAAAGUUUGAACCGUGGACAGAAAUCACACUCUGACUGUGGAGGUGAUAUUGAUGGAGAGUUUGUGUGUGUGUGUGUUUUCAGGGAACGCCAGUCCCAGGUUUGUCCGCUGCACGGCCUACAACAUGCCUUGCACAGCCGACAUGGCCAAGCAGUCUCAGGUGCCACUGGCCGCCAUUAUCAAGCCUCUCGCCACGCUGCCGCCAGACGAGGUAAGCAACGCCCUGACCCUUUUCUUUUCCUCUUCACUGUCUCCUGUCUCCUCUCUAAACCCUGCUCAUACAGAGCUCUUAUUCUGGACUUAGUCUGAUCUGCAGCCGUUACUGUAUGACACAAAAUCCCUUGAGAGAUGAAUGAACUGUUUGUUUUUCACGAGAGCAAACAGAAAGACUGAGGGAGAUUAAAUGUUGACGUCAUGCAAAAUGCUAAAUAUAUGAUCAUCUUUACUUUUACUCUCUUAACCUAAAGCCUCAAAUGGUGGAGUAUUUUGUCAGAUAUAUAUUCACUCCAGUGGAGUGAGGGGUAACCGGCACAGGCAUGUGGACGCUAACCUGUAAAGAGCACUAAGGGCCGGUGGAGCCAGCUCUACUAGUUUAAGGCACACUUUGAAAAUAAUUUAACAUGGUUCUCCAGAAGACUUUAUGCUCUCGUCUUUAUCCUCGUUUCUGUGUAACAUUUACUUUUUUAGUCUGUAAACCGUUCGACAGAUGUGAUAUUAUCAGCAUGAUAUCUGUAUCUGUGGAUAAUAGUUUAAAAAGUUAAUUAAUGUUAUCAGCAGAUAUGAACAUUUCUGCAGCUGUAAUUAUUGUCCAAAAAGGUGAUGCCAUCUUUAUAGGUGUGUCCCCAUACAACUUUUUACUUCCGAUACAAUACCGAUAUUGUAUCAUUCAGUAUUAGCCGACAACGAUAUUGAUCCGAUAUUGGCACAGGCUGGUUUCUUGACAAGUUUUUCACUCAGCUGCAACUUCUUUUUCGAACUUAAAGAAAAAAUACUGCCACGUGGCCGACAUCAUUCCUUCUCCUUGCUACUUUUUUAAUACCUUAGUACACACUGUUGUUGUGAUUAUGUGGACUCCUCAUGCUUGGUGCUGCUAGAUAGAGGAGAUGGAGCAGAGUCUGGAAUGGAUUGUAUCGGAGUGCUGAUAUCGGAAAUUUCAGAUGCAGGCUGAUAUAAUCCGAUGUUUUUUUUUUGCUGAUAUCGGGCCGAUAUCUAAUCUCAAUAUCGGAUCAGAACACCCCCAAUUAAUUAUGUGCAUGUGCUGACAGCUUACACAAGCAUUAGUAAAAAAAAACAUUCAUCAUCUGUGGAGGGGGGUAAUGCUGUUUGUCUUGUCCUGAAGCAGACAGACUGUCACUAUAAGAGUAACAGCUUCAUUAAAGAAGAAACUUUGAGUUCUUUACAUUGAAAAAGGAAAGAUGUGUUUAAAUCGGUAUCAGCCGAAAUAAGUUUGAAAAUUUAAGAACAUCCGAUAUCAGUCCAAAUCCAAUAUUGUGCAUCGUUAAUGUAUAUUUGUCACAGUUUUAGAGCUCAAACUGACGUCUCCUGACAAACCAAGAGCCUAAUUUUAAAAAAUACUCAAAGACCUGCAAAGAUUACGAUGCAAAUGAGAGAGUUUUACAUUUUAAUGGAUGGGAUGAGCAAUUUUUUGGCGUUUCAAAAUUCACAGGACUGAUUUUAUUUAAAAGUUCAGUCAUAUAUUUUAUCUACCUCUGAAAAAAUAACCUCAAAGAUGCAGUUAAAGACAGUUAUUAUAAAUAAUCUGCAGAACCUUGGAUAGUUGUAGGUCUUGAUGUGUUACAGUGGACAGUCAGGUCUUUGCCUCUGUGUUCAGUCGAUGAGUUUGCCCUCUUGACGUGAUUUUGAAAAAGAUGAGAUUUCAGGGCUAAAGCCUGAUAUGUUGUUUUAUCACCGGAUGCCUGUUAUGUAAUGUGGGAUUAUCCGUCACAACCACAGAGGUGGGAGAGGCUGAAUGACCUUGUUUCACUCACACGCCACACGUGUAACAGAUAUCCAUCUGGACCACUUCUGCAUUGUGUCUCUUUGGCAGGAAAAAAACACUUAAUGAAAGACGGUGUCCAUAUUUAGCCGUGGAUGUAACCGACUCUCCCAUUUCCUCCUGUUUCAGUAAUUCUGCCCACAUGAGGCCGACAGAUGAAGUCAGUCCGGUUGAUGAAUUGUGUAAUCCAAGUCUACUCGCCUCAGAAAUCCAGAUUAUUGGAUCAAACUUCUCUUAAUCCUUUCGUUGCAUGUCUUGUCAGAGCCCUCCGUACCUGGUGGACCACGGCGAGGGCGGUCCGAUCCGCUGCAACAGGUGCAAGGCCUACAUGUGUCCCUACAUGCAGUUCAUCGAGGGAGGGCGCCGCUUCCAGUGCGGCUUUUGCAGCUGCGUCACAGAGGGUGAGUGAACCGGAGCCUCCUUCAAUCCAAACCGUGAAGCCCCACUGAUUGAGGGACAAGGUCUACGAUACACAGCGAGCAUUAGGGCCCUCUGGUGGAAAUACCUUACCCCACCUUCAGACUGUAGAUAAAUCAUAACAUUACACUGUAUUGUAACAUCCCUGUCUUGAAUAAGCAAUGCAAAAGUUGGAGAAAGUGACACUUUUAAAGCUGAAAACAUACAGGAUCCGUAUUGAGCACCGUCCAUAUUUGCUCCAUAGAGCAGCCCUUGGUACCACAUACAGGAUGUGUAUUUGGAGCAGCAUAGUGCAGCCUCAGUCAGCUGGGCUCAGGAUAGAGGAAACAACAUCCUACUGAGCAAUAGACGGCUAUUACAUGUCUAGUUUUUUUCAUUUCAGACCUAAUUUUAACCGUCUUGAUUCUAUAUAUUUAUAGAUGGAAUUUAGACGUUGCACUUUAACCCAUAAUUCGACAACUAUUUAUUUCAAAAAGCAACUGUGAGUUGCAUAACUGAUCUCCAAGUACUCCAAGUCAUUUUUAGCCCUGUGGUAGCCUGAUUUUAGACCAGUCGUCCAGGCUACAUUUAGACGUCUAUAAGACCUCUUUUAGACCAAAAAAUGCUCAGUGGCUCACAACAGGUUGUUUUUCCUUUCUGUGGUCUAUUUCCUGCUAAUUUGGAUAUAAUUCAGUGACUGUUGAGCCUCUACUAUAUGUGGAAAAAGCAAUGUGAUUUUUACAGUUUCGGUUUUUGCAGGUUUACUCGUGUUUAAUAAAGUAAACUAUGUUCCUUUAUGCUGUGCUGUUACCUUCAGACAGAGUAUUUCUCAUCUACACGAACUGAUACACAGUCGGGAGUUUGCAUAUGGUGUUUUAUUUUGAAAUGUACAGGAUGGCAUGCACAGGUUUCAUGCAUGACUUCAUGUCUGGAACGAUCUUCUCUGUGUGGGUUGAUACGUAUUAGAAGCGUAGACUUGGCGCAAAUCUUAAGCAGAGCCGCGCUCAAUACACAUUGAUUAGAAUAGCAACCUAUUUGCUGCGUGAUACACAACGUUGACGUUACACGCUCAAUACGGAGCCUGUAUGUUUUAGCCUUAAGGCCUGAGAAAGGGUGUGUUCAGUUUAGGAAGUAGCGUAAACUACAAGAUUUAUACAACCAAAGUUUAAGCUAUUUGAUAUUUAUUGAUCGGAGAGAGACCUGAAGUAUCUGUGCCCUUGUUUUAAGUCUCCUGUUUUCCUCCCACAGUGCCUCCACAUUACUUCCAGCAUCUGGACCAUACUGGGAAGAGGGUGGAUUGCUACGACAGGCCGGAGCUCUCGCUGGGAAGCUACGAGUUCCUGGCGACUGUCGACUAUUGUAAAGUGAGUCUGGAUGAGCCCUGUUAUCCAGGGAACAAACAUCCUCAAUCAGAGCUGUGUUUUUGGAUUUGAAUGUCAUCCAAAUUCCUGAUGUUUGCCAGUAGAGACCCCUUCAGGAGGUCUGCAGAAGCAACUUAGUGUGAGAAAAGCUUGUAACGUGGAUUUUAUUAAGAAGUCAGAAUGAUAGAGUUAUGAAAAACAAAUCAAGAACAAUCUGAAAAAAACAGCCUGAAGACUUCUGCAUUAAUAAAGUCUGGCUUAAAUAAUGUUUCCCUCAUUUAUUGAACAUAUAUUGGAUGAUCAGAUCUUCAGAUAAUAUUAUAUGUGAGUUUAUACCACCUCUUUGCUUGUUUCUAACAGAAUAACAAGCUUCCCCAGCCUCCAGCCUUCAUUUUCCUUAUUGAUGUAUCCUACAACGCUGUGAAGAGCGGCAUGGUCAGCAUCGUCUGCCAGGAACUCAAGACCCUGCUGGACUAUCUGCCCAGGUACUGCUCACACAUGAAUGCAGCAGAUAUGGAGAGGAGGAAAGGAAAUGAGCUGAAGAAGAGUUGAUGAUUUAAAAUAGAGAUAAAGAGAACCAUGAGGAAGAUUUUCAGAUUAGAAAGGAUGGAUUAUUUAUAGAGCAAGAAGCAAUAUCAAGAAAUGAAGCAUGCAGCAAAGAAAGAGAAGGUCCUUAGCACCCGUUUUCAAGCUCCCAUCCUGUGUUUCUGUUUUCAGAGAGAACCCAGAAAUGGACUCUGUGGUGCGGGUCGGCUUCGUCACUUACAACAAGGUUUUGCAUUUCUACAACGUCAAGUCCAGCCUGGCUCAGCCUCAGAUGCUGGUGGUGUCAGACGUGUCCGACAUGUUCGUACCGCUGCUCGACGGAUUUCUGGUCAACGUAAACGAGAGCCGGCUAGUUAUCGAGAGGUGGGAACUCUAAACACAGAUGCUCACUCACGCACAAGUCGGGUAAAGACGGGCGUUCUGAUGUGGUUUGUGUUCUUCUUAGUUUGCUGGACCAGAUCCCAGAGAUGUUUGCAGACACCAGGGAAACAGAGACAGUCUUUGGACCCGUCAUUCAGGCGGGACUGGAGGCACUCAAGGUAAACAAAAUUUUUAAACUCAACUUAAAACACUUAUUCUUCAAAUGUGUAUCAAAAACUCGACAGGCUUCAUAUUUAUUUUAUUUUUGUAACAAUAACAAAUGUUUCUCGCUGAUUAAACGCUCAGUUUGGUGGUAAACAGAGGGUUUUAUUCAAAGAAAGAGCAGGGGGAACAAACGUAUCACCAAAACAAAAGUUAUAGUGAUGAGAUUAUCCAAUAAUGUUAACAAAUACAUGACCUUCUUAUAUCUCAGUUAGCCAGCUUUGCCCCCACCCCACUGACGUUCUUUAUCUUUUACAACUUUUCCUUUUCCUUUUCAAUGCAUGUAAGCAGUUUUUCCUUGUAAGGGACUCAAGUCAACUUGGACUAUUUUGAAUGCAGAAAUACUCAGAAAUGCAAUUUUGCACUUAGUUUUCUCAUGAUAUAUCCUGUAGCAUCAGAAAAAUGCUACAUGAACAUGUAGACAACAAGAAAAACAUGAUUUUUAUUGGAGUGGGUCUUUAAGAGCUGUGGCAUAAAUUUGGUGAUAAUACUCACUAAAUAAAAUGCCAGAUUUCGCUUGUAGUCAAGUGUUUUUACACAGCAUUAUUAGAAACUUAGGAAAUUAGGCUGCAGAUCAAACAUCAUUCAAGAUUUUAUAUAACGUCCCGAAUAAUAAUGUCAAGACUCAUGCUUGUAUUUUAUCAUGAUUCCAGUCCAGCAGAUGUUCCUCUCUCUCUCUCUCUCUCUCUCUCUCUCUCUCUCUCUCUCAUGCUCAUCAGUGUUUCCCCUAGAAUUUUUUUCAGCAGCGGUGGGGGGGUGAUUUUCGCUGUUACCCCCACUCUCUUGCAUAAGCUUGAACAUUACCUUUCACGUUGAUAGAAGAGGGUCCGACAGUAUUUGAUGGGGUCGUUGAUGACUCAAAACAAGUCGAAAAUAAUGUUGUGUGUUGUUGAACUCACAUAGUGUGAGCAGAAAUCAUUAGUGGCCCAUUGACAAUGAUCAUGUGACAUUUAAGUAGUAGCGCACGUAAUUUGGCAACGGUGCACGAGGGGAAACACUGCUCAUCAUCCCUUGGCUUUUCAGAGACACAGACCUGCCUCCUCCUGCUCCUCUCCCUGCUCUCCUCUCUCCACCUGUGGCUGCCUGAUAGUUUCUUAAGGAAAAGAGGGAGGGUGUGCUUAAUUCAAGCUGUAGGAUGUAGUGGGGGUGACACAGCAGCAGGCGGUACAGUAACACUUGUACUGUGGUGCUGGUCUGCCUGCUCAUCAGUUUCCUCUGUCUGUCACUUCCCCAGGCUGCAGACUGUGCAGGGAAGCUGUUUGUGUUCCACACGUCUCUGCCCAUCGCAGAAGCUCCUGGGAAGCUGAAGAACCGAGAAGACAAGAAGCUGAUUGGGACGGAUAAAGAGAAGGUAAACACAAGUACAAAUACACAAGUUUAUACUAAACAUGAAGUAGUUUUCAGUUUGUGUUGUUUAUUGACAUGAGUUGAAGACAUUCCUCCAUUGUCCCACUCUGACGUCUUUGACUCUUGUCCUCCUCAGUCUUUGUUUCAGCCUCAGGUGGGUUUCUACAACACUCUAGCGAAGGAGUGUGUGGCUCAGGGCUGCUGCGUGGAUCUCUUCCUCUUCCCCAAUCAGUAUGUAGACGUCGCCACAUUAGGGGUGGUUCCUGUCUCCACUGGAGGUUCUGUCUACAAGUACACAUACUUCCAGGUGAGAAAAAUCGCUCUAAUCCGAGACACGUUUUCUUCCUCAUGGGGAACAUUUGAAAAGCUCACAAAGCAGUGAUUCGUUUCCUGGGUGACACACUGUGCGCUGUCUUUAUCCCAGGCUCAGUCGGACAAGGAGCGGUUCCUGAAUGACCUGCGACGAGACAUUGAGAAACUGGUAGGAUUUGAUGCCGUCAUGAGGGUGCGGACAAGCACAGGUGAGGGUUACACACCGGGGAAACUUUAAAAAAAAAAGGUUGUAAACAAAGUUACGACCGCCCUCAUGUCACCGACACCCUCCUCUCGUCCUCUUUAGGUAUCAGAGCGACAGACUUCUUCGGCUCUUUCUUCAUGAGUAACACCACAGACGUGGAGCUGGCGGGCCUGGACUGUGAUAAGGCCAUCAGUGUGGAGUUCAAACACGAUGACAAGCUCAGUGAAGAGACGGGGGCCCUCAUGCAGGUGUGUACCACGAGAUUUUUAGCUUACGACCUCCUUCUUUAAAAGUAGUUUCAAGUUGAUAAUGGGAUUAAGAACCACAAUGUUCUGCUUGACGCAAAGUUAGAUUUCUUGGGUAACAUACACAUAUUACUGCACCUUUUUCGUAUCCCUGCAGUGCGCCGUGCUGUACACCAGCUGCAGCGGCCAAAGGCGUCUCCGCAUCCACAACAUGGCGGUCAACUGCUGCUCUCAGCUGGCUGACCUCUACCGCAACUGCGAGACGGACACAAUCAUCAACUUCUUCGCUAAAUAUGGUGAGAAGCUUACGGAGAAAAACGUCUUCUACGGUUUUAUUCAGUGUCAGGACAAACCCAAAUAUUACACACCCAGCAGUGUGCUCUGAAAGUCUUACUCAAGUGUUUGGAGAAAUGAAUGAGUCAGCCCAGCUGCUGGACUCCUGAAAGCUUGUUUGUGUGAAUGUAGUCAGCUUUUUACCUCCAAGUGGGCACAAGAUGGUGAACUACUGAUGGUUAUGCUCUUCUUCAAAGUCAUGCAUUUCUUUUAUGGAAUAUGUUCACUUAUUACUUUUGCUUGUUGAAGUUGUCAUGCUUACGUGUAUCUGUGUGUGUGUUGCAGCUUUCCGCGGCAUCCUGAACAACCCGACCAAGGCUGUUAGAGAAACUCUGAUCAACCAGUGCGCUCAGAUUCUGGCCUGCUACAGGAAGAACUGUGCAAGCCCCUCUUCGGCUGGUCAGGUACGGAAUACAUGUGUGAUGCUGUGAAUAGCACAUCGUUGCGUAUGCUGAAGUAAACCACUGCACAGCUGUACCUACAACCUUGUGACUCUAGCUUUUCUAUGUUCUGGUUGCAGUAAAAAAAGGAGUACCGUAUUUUUCGGACUAUAAGGCGCACUUAAAAUUCUUAAAUUUUCUCAAAAAUUGACAGUGCGCCUUAUGUAUGAUUACUUGUUGUGCUUACUGACCAGUUUUAUGUGGCACAAUGCGCUCAAAAAUAUGUCGAAAUGUGUAAGUACGACUUUCAUAAGAUCCGCUCAAUGGAUAUUCAGAGCAUUACGGUAACUGGAAUCAUCACUGAACAGCAACGAGACCGACUCGGAUAAUGACGAGAGGGAUCCGGGCGUGCUUGAUGCAGAAAUCGCACAACUUUUAUAACUUAGACACUAAAGAUGAAGGAUAAGGGAGCGUAUUUUUCUGUGCCGGUAUUUGUUGUUACAACCGAGUUAAAUAAAGUUUGAUUUACCGGACUGUGUUGUUUUGCUUAACACGCCUUGCAAUCAGGUGUGCCUUAUGGCCUGAAAAAUACGGUAUUUGUUUUUCCCAGAUGAAAACUUACUCAGACAUUUGUUGGUGACGCCAUAGAUUUCGAAACUCCUCUCCCUGUUUUGCAGCUGAUCCUCCCAGAGUGCAUGAAGCUGCUCCCUGUUUACCUAAACUGCGUGCUGAAGAGCGACGUGCUGCUGCCAGGAGCAGACGUCUCGUUGGACGACCGAGCGUACCUGCGGCAGCUCAUCAGCUGUAUGGACGUCGCAGAGAGCCACGUCUUCUUCUACCCUCGCCUGCUGCCUCUGGUCAGACACACUUAAAUUCACAAAUCUAUCACACCUCUUGAAUCCUCCUGUAGUUUCGAGCUUUAUCUUUAAAAGGUUUUAUAAGAUUUAAUCUUUACUUAUUUUCUAACACGGUUUCCUCUGUUUUUUUUAGACAAAGUUAGAAAGUGGCUCGUUGCCGGUGGCAGUAAGGGAUUCGGAGGAGCGGCUGUCUAAAGGUGGAGUUUACCUCUUGGAGACGGGACUCCACCUCUUCUUGUGGGUGGGAGCGAGCGCCCAGCAGGAGCUGCUGCUCAACAUUUUCGGCACACAGAGCUUCAGCCAGAUCGACCCGAGCAUGGUGAGAAGACAUUGAUCUGAUAGAUGUUAGGCUUAUCUAACCGAGUUAAAAUGAACAACACAAAUUUAGAUUUUUACAUGAAAAGAGAUGAAUUUUGCCUCAUCAACAGAAAAGAAACAAAUGAAAUUUAGUUGUUUUUGUGUGCAAAAAACUGCCUAAUAAUAAAUGCUAGUGUCAGGAAAAUGUUCAUCCUGUUUAUGAGGCUUUGCAUAUAUUUUUUCUGUAUUAUGUUUUUGAAUAUUAAUUACCAUAGUAACCAAGUCAAACUCUCUUAACAUCACUGGUCUGUGUUUCAGACGAGUCUACCGGAGCUUGAUAAUCCAUUCUCCCAGAGACUCAGAGAGAUCAUCGACUCCUUCAGGGCUCAGAGAUCAAGAUACAUGAAGGUAGACUCAUUCUCCGUUUUAUGACCCCUUCUGUUUCAUUUGUCGCUUUUCCUAAUAUACCACUUUCUAAUGCAACGCUUAUAACCAUGAAAUUGAUCGAUAUAAAACUCUCUGCAAAGCUUGAUAGUUUAUCUAGAAAAAUAAUCAAGGAAUUAAGAAAACAAGACUGAACCAGGAGAGGAUGAAAUGUCUGAUUAAUUUAUGAGUGGUAUACGUGUCAGUGAAAGGUCAAAAAUUUGUUUCAGUCUGUUUGGUCGGGUAAUUUAUAUUUUUUUACACAGCAUUUUUGCAGUUCUAGUUCCAGUCCAUCUAUUUUCAGAUACUUUUUUAACACUAUUUUUUUAUUCCUGUGGGUUUUAAACUCCUGUCCUUGUAAACUCACUGUAAGCAGGUUCUCACAAACACCUUAAAGACAGAGAUAUUUGUGUUGUUGACGGCAACAAUGUGUAUGUCAGACAUUUGUAUGUAUUGGGCAUUUGUCACGAUGGCGGACUUCUGGUUUGUUUGGUUCUGCUUAGCCAGUACCAGAUUAAAAUAAAUCAGGAUGUUUAUUUAUUGAUUUAUCGUAUUAGUCCCACUGAAAUCCAAUCAAAUCGAACUUUUCACAGUCAGACUAACAUGCCUGGAUAAUGUGCUAAACAUUACGGUUUCAUACUCAGUUUAUGCACUCCUAGUUUCUCACUCUGCCCUCCUCUUCGUCUUUGUCCACAGCUGAUGGUGGUGAAACAGGAAGACAGAACUGAGCUGAUAUUCAGGCACUUCCUGGUGGAGGACAAGAGCGCCAGCGGGGGAGCGUCAUACGUGGACUUCUUGUGUCACAUGCACAAGGAGAUCCGCCAGCUUCUCAGCUAGGCCGGCAGAGUCCCACCUUUACCUGUAUGAACCCCAACCUGAACACCCCCCUCACCAGGUUCACACCCUCCUUGUGAAAGAAAGCGCUUUAUCUUUUUUUUGUUUUUUUUGUUUUGUUUUUUAAACCUAAUAAACUAAAGCUCUCCUUGCUGUCUGUCAGCUGAGCAACAGAGACCAGCUGGCAGAUCCCGUUGUGUGAGCGUGGGAUAGUGUGAAUGAGAGUGCGAAUGAGAGCGAGUCUGAUGAUAAUAGAGCUUUACUCUGCCUCAAAUCUACUGCUCCAGUACAGCGGGAGUGAAAUAACUGACGAGGGAGGGUCAUGUAUAUACACAAGUGAACAAUUAUGUAUGCAACGGACGGAGUGAGUGCAGAGAUGGCCGGUGUUGACUUUAAUCAGUGUACUGUCUGUAUUACGAGCACUGAAAAAAGGCUGUUUUGGGCGCAUAACCGACCCUCAGAUAGCAAAACUCUUUUUAUAUAAACGAAUCCCAAUAAAGUGAAGGACAUCUACAUCUACCGAGACACACGUGGGAUUAAAAAUGCUGUUUCUUUCUGUCUCUCCUUUUAAUCAUGGCCUUAGUACCCCCCAUGCUGCUCCAAUCAUUCAUUAUGUGUAUGUGUGUGUUUACAGAUGUGAGAGGGUUAGUCGCUCAGAUCUGAUUGGACGGCGUGUCUCCAGGUGACUUGAUGAUGAUCUUUCAUCUGCAAAAAAAACAAACAAAAAAAGUGUCUCGAAAUUGAUCAAACCACCUUUCGAAUAAACAGCAGAAAUGGAAUGAUAACAGUGAUUGAUGUAGUCCGGGUUGGUUCGAAAACAGCCUCAGACGGGUUUUUGAUGCUCAGAUGUUGGAGCACUGGAACGAUCCAGAUGUGCAUGUUUUGAUUCUGUCAGGAGAAGAAAGCUUUCACUAGAUCAAAGUCUAUGCAGCAACAAGAAAGGCCGGAAAAAAAACAAAUAUGAAGAUAAAAAGAAAUCAAAGACAGGUGUGAACUUUUGAUUCCAACGUCAAAGCAGUGUGAACGACGAUCCAGCCGGUCAGUUUGAUGGCGUGAAGUGCUGCCGACUUUAUAUUAAUCAAAAAAGUUUUAAUGUCCAAAAUUGUACAAAAGAAGCAGUUUCCUGUAGACAGCGAUGAGCAGAUACAUGGACAUGAGUUAGUGUUUGCUAAUUUUUCAGUUGUCUCCACACUGAGGAUCUGCUCAGUGUGUAAAUAAAAUAUAUAAUCUGUACAGAAUUAAUAGAAAAUAACAAUUUUAAAGACCUGCCUGUGCAGCUGUGGGUUGUUAACGGUCGGUUUCUCCGUCACAGAAAGUCUGAACACAAAAUCAAGACUUUUACUGAAGAGAGAAAGACGCCUUGGCUGGCUUUUUGAUAUGUUUGUGUGUGUGUGUGUGAGAGAGAGAGGUAUGAUUGUGUAUGUGUGUGUGAAUGUGGGGUCGGUCCUGGUGAAUUUCUUCUGAGGAACAGAGGGAUCAGCCAACACACACAUAAACCCACACACACACACACACACUCACUCACUUUUCCCAUGAGAUUAAAUUCAGUCUUCUUCAUUUAUCACUUUCAGUUCCUUUUUUAACAACGUGACUCGUUUGUUUGGUGUGUGUGUGUGUGUGUGUGUGUGUGUGUGUAGCCCUCUGUUCCGUCUUUAAGUUCUGGCUGUGAUUGGCCCACUGUCUCGACUGUAAUCUUAAUUUCUGUUCCUUUUUUUUUCUUUGAUUUGUGUUUUUUUUUCAUUGCCUCUUGGGACUGCUAAUAAAAUGAUUGUUGAAAGUGAAACUUUAAAUUGUUCUGCUUAUUUAUCUGGCGGUUUCCUGCAUUGUCUUUAC